CGCACUGCUCUCCUCCUCCAGCGCUGCUGAUGCUGAUGCUGAUGCUGUCAAACUGAAUCACGUCCAUCGCCGCAGCACGCUCGCUGCUCAUAUUCCCACACACAGAUCGGCUUUUCCUACAUUAUCAUCUGUUCUCAUCUCCAUGGCCACAUCAGAUGGAUCAGAAGAUUGCGUUGUGCAGAGAGGAAGAUCUCAAAGUGACCCGAGCAUCCUUACCGACACGCAUGUCGUUUAUACGAACAGCACAGAUGUAAUGGAUCAGCACAGAGCACUUCACUCUGGUUGUCUUGUGUCAGGGGUCCGAACUCCCCCCAUCCGCCGCAACAGUAAACUGGCCAGCCUGGGACGCAUCUUCAAGCCCUGGAAGUGGAGGAAAAAGAAAAAUGAAAAACUGAGACAGGGCUCUACAGGGCUGGAGAGGAAAGUGCCCACCAGGCAGAAUCAUGACGAUCUUGUCAGGAAGGGCCUGGCAGAGGCUGGCAUGGAGUCUGGCCUUGUGUGUGGCGGGAAUACAGAUGAGCCAGGAAGCCCCAUGCUGGAUGAAUCCGACGGAGAGGAGCGAGAGGACGAGCCCAUGGCGCCGCUGGCCAGCAACACAGACGAUCUUGGGUCUGAUGAGGACAAUCUGUCCUCAGAGCGAGACGCCGCAGAGAUGACAGAAACAGAAGGGGAACUUGAGCAAAGUGAAGAUGAGGAGAAGCCCCGUGUAGAUGCCUCGAGCAGAGGGGCCAGUGUGGGGCCCGCUGAGGCCCCUGAGGAGAGAAACGAGGAGCCACCACUCAGAGAAGUCCACACUCCUCCAGCCAACCUUCCUGUGAAGCUGCUUUCUCGACUGGGCAGUCUGGACAGUCCCCACUCUAAUCAGAGCCGUUCCGCUCCAGCCACGCUGCCCAGGAACUUCACCCUGCCCAAAGACGCCCUGAGGGGCAGGUUUUCCACCCCCACUGGCUCCCCUCUCUUAGGUCUGAUGCACCCUCAGCUGCCCCCUAGCUGCAUCAUCGAGGAACUGCACCGUGCGCUGGCCACCAAACACCGGCAGGGCAGUUUCCAUGGUAAGGAGAUCCGUAGUUCCCCCAGACGGCGCUCGGACGGACGGCUGUCCCGCACCGCCAGCACUGAGCCGAGGGCAGAGGUGGAGAACAAAAAAGAGGCCGAAGAGAACAAGGAGAACAUGCGCCUGGAUGAAUUCUACAGCGACCAAGACAGCUGGAACGAGUCCGUCAUCUCUGGUACACUUCCACGACGAAUAAGAAAAGAGCUUCUGGCAGUGAAGCUGCGUAACAGACCCAGUAAACAGGAGCUGGAGGACAGGAACAUCUUCCCUGUGCGCAGUGAUCAGGAACGCCAGGAGAUCCGCCAGCAGAUUGAAAUUAAGCUUGCCAAGAGACUGAGUCAGAGACCAGCGGUGGAGGAGCUGGAGAGCCGGAACAUCCUCAAACAGAGGAAUGACCAGACAGAGCAAGAGGAGAGAAGGGAAAUUAAGCAAAGGCUAAACAGAAAGCUCAACCAGCGGCCCACCGUUGACGAGCUGCGGGACAGAAAGAUUCUGAUCCGUUUCAGUGACUAUGUGGAAGUGGCCAAAGCUCAGGAUUACGACAGGAGAGCAGACAAGCCCUGGACAAGACUAUCUGCUGCAGAUAAGGCGGCGAUACGAAAAGAGCUGAAUGAGUUCAAGAGCAACGAAAUGGAGGUUCAUGCAUCAAGCAAACACCUGACAAGGUCAGUGUGUGUUUCCAUUUUUUCUUCGUGUAUUUAUACAUGGCCUGUUUCUAUAUAUUGUUCCGUGUUUGCAUAACUGUUCACCACAAAAACGUCAUCGCAUCUACGAUAGAUGACUUCUCGAAGGACACAAGAAGUACAGUAGAUCAAAAUGGGAGGUUGUUCUAAAUAUAGCCAUAUCUCCACUGUCCUGAAAGUGCAGAAUUUGCAGAAUAAGCACACCUAAGCGCUUGCCCACAUGCAUGACAAAUUCUUGCUCACAUUCAGCUUACGUUUGUUUUACGUUAGACCUCAU